AUGGUCGAUCGCUCUGUGAUUCGGGUUCGCCUGGCCCGAGUUGCGCGGUCCAUCCGGGCAGUCAUGCGCUGCCUGGGUGGAAACAGAGAAUCCCAAGAAGGUGCACAGCGAGCUAUGUUGGUUAUGUGUGAGCUUCUUGAUCUAUUAUGUCGACUUCAGGAUCAACUAAACUGGGCGGAGGAUAAAUGGGUCGUCGAUCCAUCGCGUCUGCGUAACCUCGACGAAGUCACCCGUUAUUUCGAGUCGACGAUUGGGUCAAUCGAAAUAUAUUUCCAGCCGGGUGGCAUCAGCGCUCGAUCUUUCAGAAAGCGCUUGCUGGAAAAUACCUUCAUCCCCAGAUUGGAGCAUUUUAAGGUCAUGAUGAUUCUAACCAUGCAACCCGAGUCUCGAGAGAAGUCCCGAGUCGAAGCAAAACUCCGAGGUGUACUCCGGCAAUUCUACGAGAUGGACUCUGCCGGCGCUGGAAAGACUUUCCUCGCAUCUACAAUCAUUGAUAGCCUGCAGAAUGCAUUCACAUCUGCAGAUGUGGCUAUAGUUUUUGUUUUUGGUCAUGAUGAAACAGAUGAUAACGCAAGCUCUGUGGGAUUCCUCGACAAGAUACUUGCGCAGCUUGUAUAUCGGAAACGGACGCCAUCCCACACUACUGCUUCAUUGUACAACUCCAAAUCUUUCGCGGAGGGAAAGGUUUCAGCAAAGACCUAUCAAGAUGCUAUUCGCGCCGAGGUCAACAGAUUCUCGCGAGUUAUGUUCGUUAUCGAUGGAAUCGACAUGCACAUGGAGAAGGAACGGAUUUUGAAUCGUCUUCAAAAACUCCCGGAUCAUGCACAGCUUCUUGUCACAACGAGAGAAGCAAAAUAUGCACCCAAGGACGAGCACAUAUCCGUUUUGGCCACCCGUAGGGAUCUUGAAACAUACGCAUGCUGCCGCAUUGAGCAAGAUGGGGGACUGAGCACUCUGUUGAAGCAAUACGCCCCUGAGUUGAAGAUUGCUGUUGUUCAGCAAGUUGCUCAGAAGUCACAUGGCUUAUUUUUGUUGGCCCGGCUACAAAUUGAUCUUUUAUCCCGAUGCAAUGAUGGAAACUUGCUACAAAGGUCUCUCUUCCACCUACCCGAGAGUUUAAGCGAUGCAUACGGCGAGUCUAUGACCCGCAUUGUCAGCCAGAAUCCCUUCGCCAGUCGUUGUCUUUACUGGACAUUGUAUGCCCAGAGGCCUCUGACUGUCUCAGAGUUAACCUUUGCAGCAAGCUUUGAGUUACAAGGCAACGGCAAUUCAAAAGAGUCCUCUUUCUCUGCGCAUACCAUACUUUAUGAAGCUGCCGGGUUACUGACCAUUGACGCCAUGAAUGGGACAGUUCACUUGGUUCACAAGACAGCUAAAGAAUACCUCAGCGGACCGGCAGCUCGAGUAUUCUUUCCAACUGCCAAGGCAAAUAUUGCAGAUGUUUGCCUCUCGAUAAUAACCCCAGAUGAAGUGAUUGAUGAUUGCUACGUCAAUCCAGGAACAAGUCCUCGCAAGCCCCGUGGAAAACUGCUCGACUAUGCCACAACUUAUUGGGGAAACCACGCCCGAGAAGUUGGCGAAGAUGAACAGGCGACGCAAGUUCUCAUCCGAGCAUUCUUAAACAAACUUUGCUGGAGACGACCCCCCCAAACAGAAUCUUGCACUCUUGGGCUAGAACUGCCGAAGGAGUUGGGAUUUGGAAAAUACUUUCCAGACUGGACUUCUCUGCAUGUGCUUGCUUACUUUGGCAUCACCGGAAAGGCAAAUCGCUUGAUUGAGCAAGGUGCCGACCUCAAUGACUGCGAUAAUCAACUUGGCAUCACCCCUCUGCAUUGUGCAGUAUAUCGAGGCAAUGAAGAGAUGGCUGAAUUGCUUCUCGAUGCCAAAGCCAACAUCAAUGCGACUUGUAAGAGCGGUAAAACUGUUUUGCACAUGGCUGGGGAACAAGGACACCGGAAAUUGAUCAAGUUUUUGCUUCACCGACGAGUCAACUCGAGGACACCAACCCAGCAAGGAGCAACAGCUCUUCAGCUAGCUAUUGGGACAACCCAUGAUGAAGCAACCGUUCCACUUUUGAUUAAAAGCCGAUUCGACAUGGAUGUUCAAAACACUGUUACUGGAAACACUGCGCUCCAUCUGGCAGUGGAAUUGAGACGGCCACGUAUCCUAGCUUUCCUUCUGGAGAAAGGGGCUAGCGUAAACGUGCUGAACAGAGACGGUAUGACUGCCCUUCAACUCGCUUGCAAAACAGACAAUUGUGAAGCCGUGGCUCUUCUCCUUGAACGUGGCGCUCAAUUAGAAACUCGCUCUUCUCGAGGAAGUACUGCUUUACAACUCUCUGCGUCGGAAGGUAACUGGGUCGCAUUUGAUCUGCUGGUAAUUGGAGGGGCAGACAUCAAUGCAUGGGAUAGCGAAGGUGACUCGUUGCUUCACAAGCAAGCCCGUGCAACUUCGCCUUCCGCGACUUCUAUUGCAGCACAUCUACUCGAACAGGGUGCAAACAUAGAGGCCUGUAACUCACAGGGCUAUACGCCAUUACAAUCCGCCGCCGCAUGUGGAAACAAAACAAUAUUUCUGCUCCUGGUAGACCAGGGAGCAAGACUUGAUGUUCAAACUGCCAAGGGAGAAACUCUUCUUCACAUCACGCCUCCUCUCAACCAAGACUGCCUUGACAUUGUCGAAACACUACUGGAAUUUCGUUUCAGUGCCAAUGCAACAACAUGCAGUGGCUUGACACCUCUUCAUCAUCUUGUAAUCAAUGCAUUCAACUCCCCAGAUCCCUUGUCCGAAAAUACUGCCAUUUUCCUUUCAUUGCUCUUGUCCCAUGGGGCUAACAUCAAUGCCCCGACGGCUUCUUAUAAGGCCGAGACGGCACUUCAUAUGGCAGUGACUGCCAAAAUUCCACGCGAGUCACUGGUAUCGCUGCUCAUCAAGAAUGGCGCAUCACUUGACGCAAGAACAUCUGACGGCAGAACGCCGUUACAUUUAGCUGCGGAGCGAGGUCGCCAUAAUCUUUUCCAAAUACUGUUAGAUGCGGGCGCAGAUCCUUCAAUCAAAGACGCUGGAGAAACACCAACCAACGACAAAGUCAAAGGAGAUGGCCAGACAGCAAUAGACCUGGCUCGUAAAAACCCAGCCAGUGUGCUUUGGUUUGAUAAUACUGGCAAGUUGGAGUCGCUGCCAGCGAUGCACCAGCGCAGGAGCCUUGCCACAACUAUCGACUCAGUCGAUAUUGGAUCUGACGUUGGUGAGAUAGCGGGAUCGACUUUGGUUGGUGAGGAUUGUUCGAUCUGGGGAUCGAGGGCAUCAACCACUUCCAUGGAUCUUCCGUCUAUCGUUUCGUCUUCUUGCUAA